AUGGGCGAAAGACCUGAGUCGCGCAACGUUUGGAGGUCAGUACUCAAAGAGCAAGAGGCAACGCUGUCAGACCCGCGCAAGCAAGUACUGCAAUUCUACGACAGCUGGGUACAGGCAGACCCCGAGGCUUUUACACAAUAUCACCGAAUUCGGUCAAAUAAGGCGUGGAUGGCUUUCUUCAAGGAUGCAUUUGACAAAACAUCGGCCUAUUCCACGCACAUCUUGUGCAAGGGGCAGGAUGGACCGUUGUAUAUAUACAACCAGGAUGGCCAGCAGUAUCUUCUUCGUUCAUGGCUAGUAGGCUGCAAUGUCACCACCAAGGCACAUAGUCUUCAGCAAGCCGAGGAAAACAUCAAAAUCGGAUAUGACAAGACACGAGAUAGCGAUUCACUCCCACAGAACCGAGACCCAGUCUUUACGGAACGCGCCUACAUCGACGCUGAAAAUGUACCCCAGUUUGUCGAAAGGAUGAAAAAGAGUCCAGUUCAUGACCAUGCCAAGAAUAUUGCCUAUGAAGACGUAUGGUGGCUAAUGAUGAUGCGUCUUCAUGCAUGGACUAUGAGUGUCCAAUGA